GUAGAACUACAAGACAAUGAGAGAGAAGAAAAAAGGAAAUCGAUGGCACGUUUCUUCGCGAAUAAGAAACACUCCCCCCUUCUUCUUUUUUCUUCUUCUUUGUCUUUUUCUAGCGUUCUAUGUAAAUGAAGAAAAGAAGAAAAACAUAGUUUCGAAAUGGAAUCGGCAAAAAGGAAAUAAAAAACACUCGCAAUACAAAGAACAAAGACUGGUUUUGGUUAUCCCAGUCCAACAUGUACCGGCUUUACGCCCCCAUCCCCCUUUGCGUUGUUCGUUUCGUCUUUGAAAUCGGCUGUAAAAGAAUCGCAAAAGUAAUAAAGAAGAGAAACACCCGCAAUGGAAGGGCGAAUCAGAAAAAAAGGAGUCUUAAACAAGAAAAAAGAAUAUACAUGUUCGGCACGCUUUCAAAGCCAUUUGCCAGCAAGCACGUAAAAAAGAGCCGCUAUACUAGACAAGAACGACGUAAAAAAUCAUGCCUCCCUUUAUUGUUCUUCUUCUUCUUCUUCUUCUUCUUCCCCCCCCCUCAUCUUUGGUUGAACAAAACACUUCUCCUUCGGCCAACCAUUUCUCGUGAGCCCACUAAACCCAAUAGUCUUUCCCCCGCCGUUGUCGACGUUGUCGCCCCUUCAUCUCCCCUUCUCCUUCAUGUCGUAAAAGAAACAGAAAAAUAAAACUUCAGCUGCCAGAAUGGGAAACUCCAAGACCGGGACUUGUGUAGGCUCGUCUGGUUGACCGGAACAACAGUGGAAUGUGAAUCAUCUCACCCAACCCUAAUGCAAAGAAAAAAUAGGAAAAAAAUAGAAU